UAAUUAUUUUUUUCACAAUAAACAAAUAUAAUGGAUCGCUUGAACACAUUGCGAGUGGCUUCCUGUGCCACUCGUCUGUUUGGUGGAAUAGUACCUGGCACUUCCGCAAUUAACUUGUAUAAUGGAAGGUUGCCUGUAGCUUCUGCUGACGGCUGCAGCAGCCAUUGUACUGCACAUAGCAUACCUCUACCUGUUCAGGGUGGUCCUUUGGACUUUAAUGAUACGUUACCAAUAGACUCAACACGGCUUCAAUUACCGACACAAUAUCAGAGAUCUAUAAACGCUCCGGGUACAUUACUACCUUUGCGUUUACCGCAUAUGAUUGAUACACCGGGUACGAGUUCACCCUGUCGUGUCAUUGAAUCUCCUGAUCAUGGUAUAUUCCAUGUAUAUGACGUUGGUUUAACGUACCUAUUAAACAAGAUUCGUACUGAUACUAAGCAUCGCAAGCGUGCGUUUACUAAGCGUGGUUAUUUUCGUCAAUCGAGAUCGAUAUUGCGGAAGGACAAUCGUAUGAAGUUUGCAUUUGCAUUGCAGGGCAUUGACUAUGAGUAUAUAGAGAGUCUCAAGAUGGGUGAGAUUCCAGACAUUCGUGAAUACAAGAAGUGAUCUUUAUAAGUGGUGACUUC